CUCUGUAUAAAUCUCAAAAUCCCAUAAAAAGCUGCUCACUUGAGUGUUCAAUGGCAAAAUCCAGUGGUUGUACCAUGUUUUUGGGCACCAAGAACUGUACUCUUCAAUCAGAAAAUCCCAUAUCAAGAAUGGUUACAUCAGGAAAUUUGGCAGAAGAUAGAAUUUUUAUGGAGUUUGAAUAUGGGGUAAAUUCAGGUUUUAUGGCUUCCAUUGAUAACUUUUUGUUUUCAUGUGCACCAAAUAUGUUACUAAAAGGCCUUGCUAAUGGUGCAAAAGGGAUUUUAGGGUUAGGAAACACUAGAAUUUCACUACCAUCACAAAUUGCUAGCACAAAUGGUUUUUUUCAGAGGAGAUUUUCUCUGUGUUUAUCCUCAUCAGAUGGAGUAAUUUCAUUGGCAGAGAGUUCUGAGUUGACACUUCUGGGUAAUGAGGUUUCAAGAUCAAUGAUGUACACACCCCUGAUUUCCAAGCCAGGUGGGGCAGGAGAAGAGUACAAGAUCAAUGUUAAAUCCAUCAAGAUUUCUGGUAAGAAAUUGUCUAUGAAUAAAGAAAAUAUUGGAGGGGCAAAAAUAAGCACAAUUGUACCUUACACGACUAUGAAGAGAAAAAUUUAUGGCAAAUUUGUUGAAGGUUAUAUUAAGGCUGCCACUUCCUUGAACACGACAGGGGUGGCUCCUGUGGCACCAUUUGGGGUAUGUUUUGGUUCUAAAGGGGUUGAAAACUCAAGAUUAGGGCCAAAUGUGCCAAUUAUUGAUCUUGUUUUGCAAAGUGAGCUGGUGAAGUGGAGGAUUUAUGGGAGGAAUUCAAUGGUGCAAGUUAGUGAUGAAGUGAUUUGUUUAGGGUUCUUGGAUGGAGGACUGAAUCAAAGGGAUCCAUUUAUUAUUGGGGGUUAUCAAUUGGAGAAUCAUGUUUUAGAAUUUCAUUUAGGCACCUCUAUGCUUGGGAUUUCUUCAUCAUUGUUAAUGGGACGGAAAAAUUGCUCUGAAUUCAAAUUGCCUAGAGAGAUUUCUUGAUUGGGCCAGCACUGCAAGUAUUCCUAUUAGUUUUGGAGAAUGAAAAAAAAAUACUUAACACAAUUUAGCCGAAAUAAUGUUGAGAAUUUUAUUCAUUCAACCGUGUCUUUCAUAUACAAUGGGAAUGUGUAUAUAUACAACUAAAAAGGAAUCUUUUCCUAACAAAUUUACACAGAGAGAGAGAGAGGUUGCUGUCAACAAAUCUAACUUGCCCAACCAAUUUCUUUCUAGAUUAUUCUGCCAUUGCUCUGUCAUCAAUUCCAUGUGAUUAUUUCUCCAGCUGUGCAGCAAGUCCACGUGGUUUCCUUCUUGCCAAUAUUUCAGCUGCGCCAUCU